UGGUUAGGACACACACACUCGCACACACACACUCGGUUGUGCAAAGUGACUGAGCAUGAGCAGCCUGCCGCUUUGCCAAAAAGGUUGUGACCGAACCAGAACCAGAACUAUUUUCUCUGCAUUAUCGUCAUUCUGUUUUCGUCUUCACAACUUUGUUAGUCUCGUGGCAGCCGUGAUGUGAGAAGCUGAAGACCAACAUGACAAAGAGCAGCUCUUCUUUGCCUGCAUGGUCAUCCACAUCCAUCAUGAGUCGAGGCUUUUAAAUCUUUUCAAAAACUUGGCAAGAGGAAGUGAUGUUUGUAGGACGCCAGCGGUGACAAAACUCCACAGAGGGAAAGCUGGACGCAUCUUUUUGACGUGAUCUUCACAAAGACCCCCAUGUCGUCUGAAAACAACUCACCGCCACAGACACCUUCCUCACCGUGGAACCUCCCCGCCCUACCUCAGCAUGCGGCCCCGCCCACUCCCUCGCCCAGCCCCCCCAGCCCGCCCUCCGCCCUCUACAGUCAGCUGUCCAAUGGCAGCCACGUGGUGCAGAAUCCCACCAUCUCAGCUUCCAUCCAUGGUGUCUCCUUUCUCCUCCAGAUUGGACUCACAAGGGAGUCUGUGACCCUUGACCCCGCCGACUUCACGUUGUUGGCCAUCAAGGAGCUCGUCUGCUCCAUCGUGGACCAGAAGUUUCCAGAAUGUGGAUUCUUCGGGAUGCAGGACAAGAUCCUGCUCUUCCGCCACGACCUCACCUCAGACAACAUUCUGCAGCGCGUCACCUUAGCUGAAGACAUUCAUGAGGGGGACCUGGUGGAGGUUGUUCUCUCUGCUGUGGUCACGGCCGAGGACUUCCAAAUCCGCCCUCACGCGCUUUAUGUGCACUCCUACAAAGCGCCCGCUUUCUGCGACGACUGUGGCGAGAUGCUGUGGGGGCUCGUCCGCCAGGGCCUCAAAUGUGAAGGCUGCGGUCUAAACUACCACAAGCGUUGUGCGUUCAAGAUCCCAAACAACUGCAGCGGCGUGAAGAAGAGACGAGCCUCAAACGUCUCCCUGCCGGGCGCUCCCACACCCAUCGUCCGCCCGCCUUCCAUGGAGCUGCCAUCCACGAAUCAGGAUGAGCGCCCCCUCCUGGGCGCUAGUAAGCGUAACUCUCUGCUGAGCGGCCGUCCCAUCUGGAUGGAAAAGAUGGUCUUGAGUCGAGUCAAAGUGCCGCACACCUUCUCCGUCCACACGUACACACGACCCACCAUCUGCCAGUACUGCAAGCGGCUCCUUAAGGGUCUCUUCCGCCAGGGCCUGCAGUGCAAAGAUUGCAAGUUCAACUGCCACAAGAGAUGUGCGGUCAAAGUACCGCGCGACUGCCUUGGCGAGGUCGACUUUAACGGAGAGGCGUCCAGUCCCACUCUGGACUCGGACGUCACGAUGGAGGUCGACAGCUGCGACGUCGGCAGCGAUGGAGGUCACAGCCUGGAUGAGGACCGAGCGUCCACACCCGAAGACAAAGUGUUCUUCCCAGAGGGACCCUGCACGGACGGCGACCGGGACGACGAGUCGCCACAAGCCAUCAGCCCAUUGACCAGCAGCUACAUUCCUCUGAUGCGAGUGGUUCAGUCCAUCAAACACACAAAGAGGAGGAGCUCCACUGUGGUCAAAGAAGGUUGGAUGGUCCACUACAUUAACCAUGACAAUAUGAGGAAAAGACAUUUUUGGCGUUUGGACUUCAAGUGUCUGACACUGUUCCAGAACCACAGUGCAGCAAAGUUCUACAAGGAGAUUCCGCUGUCGGAGAUCCUGCGGGUGGAAGCAGCCCAGGACGUUGGCGGUCUGUCUGAGGGCAGCAACCCUCCCUGCUUUCAGGUGGUCACGUCAAACACGAUUUACUACGCAGGCGAGGAUGAUGGUGGUUCUUUUCGAGAGGCGGGUCAAAGUUGGGAGAAGGCCCUCCAGCAGGCCAUGAUGCCAGUCACGCCAAAGCCCAGCAGCCAGGGGCGGGACCACAAGGAACUCUCCCUCAGCAUAUCUGUUUGUAACUCUCACAUCCAGGAGAACGUGGAUAUCAGCUCUGUCUACCAGAUAUUUGCAGACGACGUGCUCGGUUCCGGACAAUUUGGGAUUGUCUACGGAGGUAAACACAGGAAGACGGGAAAAGACGUGGCCAUCAAGAUCAUCGACAAGAUGAGGUUUCCCACCAAGCAGGAGAGCCAGCUGCGCAACGAGGUUGCCAUCUUGCAGAACCUCCACCACCCUGGUAUCGUUAACCUGGACUGCAUGUUCGAGACCCCAGAGCAGGUUUUUGUGGUCAUGGAGAAGCUUCACGGCGACAUGUUGGAGAUGAUUCUAUCCAGCGAGAAGAGCCGCCUGCCAGAACGUCUCACCAAGUUCUUGGUCACGCAGAUCUUGGUGGCCCUCAGACAUCUCCACUUCAAGAACAUCGUCCACUGUGACCUGAAGCCAGAGAACGUUCUCCUGGCAUCGGCGGAACCCUUUCCUCAGGUGAAGUUGUGUGACUUCGGCUUUGCUCGCAUCAUCGGGGAAAAGUCCUUCCGCCGCUCCGUCGUGGGAACCCCUGCCUACUUGGCGCCGGAGGUUCUCCGCAGCAAAGGCUACAACCGCUCUCUGGACAUGUGGUCUGUGGGUGUCAUCAUCUACGUCAGUUUGAGCGGAACUUUCCCCUUUAACGAGGACGAGGACAUCAACGACCAGAUCCGGAACGCCGCCUUCAUGUACCCGCCAAAUCCCUGGAAAGAAAUUUCGGAGGAAGCGACGGACCUGAUCAACAAUCUGCUGCAGGUGAAGAUGAGGAAACGCUACAGCGUGGACAAAUCACUGAGUCACCCAUGGCUGCAGGACUACCACACCUGGCUAGACCUGCGGGAGUUUGAGACACGGCGCGGCGAACGCUACAUCACACACGAGAGCGACGACUGCCGCUGGGAGGAGUACGCUGACGAGCGAGAUCUCUGCUACCCUAAACACUUCAUCUCCUCGCCCAACUUGGACCACAUGGACGAGGAUCCCUAGUUGCUUCUUGGAGACAGCAGAUUGACGGCCAAGCAUUUUUUAUUGAUUCAACAAAGUUGUAAAGCUGUUUGUCUGACUCUUCUUCUUCUUCUGUGUUGGCGUGCUGCUAUCAAACCUCUUCAACGUUGAGGGAUUCAAUUAAUUUUCUCCACCUGCUUCAUGACCUUUAACCUCACAAGAAGUAUCAUAAAAGUUCCAUAUGUCCUCAUGAAGUUCCUGUUCUGUUUAUGUUUCCUCAACAGCGUGUUAUAGGUUCUGUAUGACCGGAUCAAGAGAAGCUCAUGUCAGUGAAUCCAGCAACAGGAAGCUGAGCCGGGCUCUUUUGCUCCAGUUUGAGCCCGGUGGCCGUCUUGGGUUUGGCAAAGCGGCUAAGGUGCAGCAGGCCAAAGAAGUGGAAGCGCUCGCCCAUCUUGGUUGGGUUGGUCAGCAUGUCAUAACUGCUGAUCAGUUGCUGCCUGGUGGUCAAGUCACUGCAGUUCCUCAGUAGAACCUGGACAAAAGCACACCUUCAGCAGUGUUUCCAAGGACCAGGGUCACAAGCGGACUCGCCUGCAUGCGCGUGUCGAUGCCCAUGUUCUUCAGGAACGUCCUUUGACUGACAGGUCCCAGACAGGCCACGCCUCCUCCCACCACGCGGCGCAAGUAGCUGAAGUCCACGUCCGCAGUGAGGUCGGCUGAGCCUGGAGUUGUCAGGACCUGAUGGAGUUGGUGACCUUUAAAACCCUGGUGGGAAGAUGUCAAAAAACAUCACAGCCAAUCAUAGCUCAGCGUUCCAAUGUGACAUAAUUUUCCUACUCGGAACGUGUCUGUCUUGGUCCCAUCGUGGCCGUAGUCGCCGAUCAACGCAGCCCCGCCCUCUUCCGCCACCCGACUGGCCAGCUGCUGAAUGAUGACUCCGCCCUCUGCACACACCUCCACAUGAUCCCGUGUUUCAUCCACCUGACACACAAACAUUUCAAUUAUAAAACUAGGAGGAAAUGUGUGUAGAGAUUGCCUUUUCAGCUGGAAUAACCAUGCAGUAGGAAUGGUCACAUGACCCAGCAGACACUCACCUGCACCAACGUGGUUGACGCCAACGUGGGCGACGGCGCAACCACAAACCUCAGCUGACCCUGGUUAUCCGGGUCGAUGUCUACCAUCACUUCUCUCCAGCCUCUCUUGGUACGCUGCCACCAAAGAAGAAGCAUUAGAAAUCUGUGAUGCCCCCUGGUGGGAGAACCAGCAAUGACACUUUUUCUUGCUACCUGAAACUUGUGAAUGGGAAGAGCGUCAAAGAACUCGUGAGCAAGAAAGAUGCUAAAGCCUGAAGAGAUAAAGAAAUCAACUUCAAAGCGUUUGUGUCAUAUGACGUUACAGUGUGCCAUACCACGGGGGACGUCCUCUAAGCAGCGGUACCAAGACACCUGCAGGCCGCCGUCUGUUCGGCCUUGGCGGUAAACAGGGUCAUCCUCGCUGUCUGCCUCCUGGCUCCUGGUCCCAGUGAGACUUUGGGCCUGGAGGCGACUCAAAGCAGGACUCACCUCCACUAGGUGGAGCGACACCGAAGCCCCGCCCAGCACUGACUGGAGCUGACCCAGAACCUGCACAAGCAGCCCAACGCCAUGAUGAAGGUUCACUAGUGAACAACGGCUGUCAGAGCAAUCCAAAACGUACUCGAAGAACGUCACUGGCCAAAGAUCCUUCUCCAGGUCCGAGCUCAACCAGCUGGAGCUGCUUAGGCCGCCCCGCCCCCAUCCACUCGCUAAUGACCCACACGGCCAGCAACUGUAUGACGGAGAAGGUGUUAGAACAGAUGUUGAGGUCAUGUUACAAGUGUUCUUACCUCUCCAAAGACUUGGCUGAUCUCAGGUGACGUGAUGAAAUCUCCUUCAGCUCCCAGCAUGUUGUUCCUCACGUAGUAACCCUGAGACAGCACGACAACCGUGAGCAGCCUGCUGUCUCUUUGGGGAAACUGUAGAAAAGUGACAUCACAAACCGUCACUGGGUUGGUGAGCGCCUCCCUCAUGUACUCAGAGACAGAAAUUGGACCGGUGGCUUUAAUUUUGGAAAUCAGGUGUCGCAGCAUGGAUGGUCCAUUCUUGUCCUCUGGAGAUGUGCACUGAAGUCUGCGUGGAGCUGCUCGCCAUCACCAUGACAACAACAGCAUGAUUUUAUAAAUUUACCCGUCACAAGAUCAGGUACAUCUGGACACAAUUGUUUUUAUUUGUUUAAGUACUAUUGGACACAUAACAUUGAUCAACAAUACAAAUAAAACGGAUAGGGUCAAGUUUCAAUGACAAAACAUAACAGUUGUCUAUAAAUAUCAAAUCAUGUAUCUUACCUGCUGCCGCGGGACUGACAGAAUGAAUCAACGUGGACAAAUGAUGUAUCUUGGCAGCACGAAGAAUCCUCAUUGUUCUUAUUAAGUGUCAACAAAAGUACUGAAUUGAAUUAAUAAUAACAUCUCCUAAGUGCUUAUGUUUUAAGCACAUUAAUCAACCUUUUCUGACAGCAAGGUGAGCGUUAGCACAGCAUUAGCGACAAGUGUGUCAAUAAAACAACAAACUGACAAAAACGAUUGUUUUAGUUGGCAGCACACAAGUUAAAUAGUCGCUUAAGCAAGAUGGCGUGCGAUGUACUAGUGGGCGAGCAAUAAAAGCUAAGGCUAACAUUCAACGUGA